UACACUUCUUUCCCAAGCCGAUAAGGAUAAAUAAUUUCCUCUCUGCCUCGGACCAGAGCUAUUAUCUUUCGCCUCCCCUCCCCCCUCCUCCCCUUCUUCUUCUUCUUCCUCUCACGCAUUGCUCUCCCCUCUACCACAAUCGCAUCAUCUCUCCCCUUACACAAUGACUCACUCCGAAGCCGAGUUGCAGAAGCCUACGGGCGAGUACCGUCAGUACUUGCCUGACCUCAGUCUGAAGCGCUUCCAGGUGAUGCGCACUCAGGACGCCCAUGAAUACGCACACGACUUCAAGACAAACCGUCAGCCUCCGUGGCUGCACGCCCUCUAUAUGCACUGGCUGGACCUGUUGCAAGAGCCCUUCAAGGGUGUAACCACCGAUGGAACCGUUCGUCCCGAUCUGUUCAAGCUUCAAGAUGAAGGCAUCCCGAUCGACACGAUUGUGGAAGCCGUUCAGAACGUGCUGUCGCUUGCCGACGAGAACCAGCGGAAGGCCCUGUGCUACCACAUCGAUUCUCCCGAAUGGCGGACCUGGUCCAACCCCGAAUUCCUUCUCAGUCACAAGGGUGUCCGCCUCGAUGAGAUCAGUGACAAGCUCCGUGACGCCGUGCUGAAUGUUCUCAAAGUCACGCUAUCGCCUGAAGGCUACGAGAAGGCCAUUGCGGCCAUGCGCAUCAACCACUUCUUAGGCGAGCUGGUCGACGGUACCAAGGUCAUGAAUGAAUACUCCUACAACUUCGUCCUCUUCGGUCGCCCCUCGACCACCCGCCCUUGGGGUUGGUCCUUUUACGGCCACCACCUAUGCUUGAACAUUUUCCUUUACAAGGGUCAGAUCGUCGCAUCUCCGUGGUUCACGGGCGCUGAGCCCAACGAGAUCGACUCCGGCCCGUACGCCGGCACUCGGAUCAUGCAGGUGGAGGAGGAACUCGGAUUGCGGCUCAUGCAGUCCCUGUCGCCCGACCUUCAGCAGAAGGCGCGUGUCUAUGCUGAGAUGCACGACCCGGCGAUGCCGCCCGGCCGCUGGAACCGCGACGACCAGCGCCAUGUCUGUGGUGCGUACCGGGACAACCGCGUUGUGCCUAACGAGGGUAUCCCGGCGAGCACGUUCAGCGACGAGCAGAAGAAGCUCAUGUACGGAAUCUUUGAGCAGUACCUGCUCUACCUGCCUGCCCGCGCCCGCCAGCUCAAGCUGGAUCAUAUCCGCCAGUUCGAGUCCGAGACCUAUUUCUGCUGGAUCGGUUCGUACGGGAAUGACGAUCCUUUCUACUACCGCUUGCAGAGCCCGGUAAUCCUGGUCGAGUUCGACCACCACUCUGGGGUCUUCCUCAAUAACGAGGAGCCCAAGAAGUUUCACAUCCACACUCUGAUGCGGACGCCGAAUGCCGGCGACUACGGCAAUGCUUUGCGUUCGCAGAUCCCCGCAGUGGAGGGGUUGAAUGGGAAGGAGAUUGUGUGGGAGAAGUCCGCACUCUGAGAAUCGCUCAGGCCCUGUAUAUAUGAUGAAGUUAUGUGAAUAGUGUUUCAAUAUUAUCAAUGCAGCAUAUAUGAG